AGCCGAGAGAGCGAACCGGACACAUCCCACCCGCGCACGGCACGUCCGCACGUCACACUCGCAGCCGCGGAUCCGCCCCCACGGCCCCACUCACAGGCCAGCGAGCUCUGCGCUUCCACUUGCCCUCGUCCCACCUCUCACCGGUCUCUCACUCAACCCCCACCGGGCCCGAACGCUCUCGACACCGGCCGCAUCCGGCGGAGGAGCACGGGGAGCUGCAUCUCGUGGUGUUGAUCCGGCUCCCUUCGCGUGCCUCCUGAGUCCUGACCUGAACCCGAUUUCACCAGCGCAAGGACGCGGGCCCAAGCGGGGAUGGGGUACCUGCCGGCGCUGGGCGGGAAGGCCGCGCAUCUGGUGUCCGACCUUGCCGCCGUCAUCCUCAACCCCGUCUCCGAGCGAGAGCGCCAGCGGCACCACCCCUCCUACCUCCCGGAGGCUACUGAAGGGAAAGAUACCCUAUACGAUGAUGAAGAUUCUGACAAAAAUUCCGAGAUUCCUAAUGGUCCUGACACAUCUUCCUUCAGAGCAUUUCUGAUGUCAUUUGUGUCGUCCCCAAACUCUAGUAAAGAUUCAAUAGAGACUAUAUCUGAGCAUAAUCUGAAUGUGGAAUAUCCAACUUUAACACCUGUUGGGAAGGCAAGCAGUGGAAGAAAGGGCUUGCUUAGUAGAGGGAAGCAUUCUAUUGGAAAAAUUAUGUGCAAAGCAGGUAGACUCAGUAAUUUCAUACAAAAACCCACCCACAGCAUUGAUGGUGAAAUCCUAGGACAGACAGAAUCAGUUGCACCUGGAUUGGAGUUGAAGGGAUCAAAGGAAUCUGCUUUACAUGAUGAGUUGCCAGCUAUGUCUGAACCAUCUAUGCUUCUGUCAGAAAGGAUGCGAGCGAUUCUUUAUACAUAUCUUCCUGUUCUUGUUCAAGGAAAGAACUGGAUGUUAGUAUACAGUACCUGGAGGCAUGGAAUAUCUUUGUCUACUCUGUAUAGAAGGAGCAUGCUUUGUGCUGGUCACUCACUUCUGAUAGUCGGGGAUCGAAGAGGAGCAGUUUUUGGUGGUUUGGUUGAGGCCCCACUGCAGCCAAUUAUAAAAAAGAAGUAUCAGGGAACAAAUGACUGCUUCGUGUUCACCAAUGUAGACGGCUCUCCUGUUAUAUACCGGCCAACAGGUGCUAAUAACUAUUUCACGUUUUGCUCGCCUGAAUAUUUGGCAAUGGGAGGUGGUGGUCACUUUGCGCUUUAUCUUGAUGAGGACCUCCUGAAUGGUUCAAGUUCUACCUCAGAGACUUUUGGCAACGCACGCUUAUCACAUACUCAGGAAUUCAAAGUCAAAGACGUGGAGCUAUGGGGCUUCGUCAAUGCUUCCAAGUAUGAAGAGAUGCUCACGAUCAGCCGCACCGAGAAGCCUGGAAUUUGGAAUCUGUAACCAUUCGGAACACACUGAGCUCUUGAUGGUUGACGCCAACCAAUCUUCUGUUGGCUUGUACAGUUUUGUAGUAUAUAGUCUUUGUAAGAGUUUUGUCUGUUCUAUGUGAGUAUAAAAUGUCUAUAGAAUGUACAUCCCUGGUCGACUCUGGAGCAAGUGUCUUUCAUGUUUGUAAAUAUUUCACUAAAUUUUAGGAAAAACUAGCGUGUAGUAGCACUCAAUAGUCAAAAUUCCACUGCCUA